AGUUAUGCCCCUUGAAAGUGGAGAUGAUGGCGGCCGUGAGACGACUGCCGGUUGUUGUCGUGUUAGGAGCAACAGGCACCGGUAAAUCAAAGCUUGCCAUCGAACUGGGACAGAAAUUCAAUGGAGAAAUAAUCAGUGCUGAUUCAAUGCAGAUAUAUGAAGGUCUAAACAUCAUCACAAACAAGGUGACUUCAGCUGAACAACACCAGUGUCGGCACCACCUCAUUGGCUACGUCAACCCCUUCACCAACACAUCCAACACUGUUGUCAACUUCAGAGACAGAGCUCUUCCUGUUAUAGAGAAGGUGGCAGCUGAGGGGAAACUCCCCAUCAUUGUGGGCGGCACCAACUACUACAUCGAGAGUCUUCUGUGGAACUUCCUUGUUGACCCGCAGGCCCAAGAUGAAUGUCCUGAGGCCAAGAAGUCAAGAAUGUCCAACUCUGGUCCAGUCAUACAUGAAAGGGAACGUCCACGGUCUCCAGGAGCUGGUGCAACUCCUUCAGGACAACUGACCACAAGUGGUGCUUCAUCCACAAGACCUGGUGCUCCUCAAGUGGCGGAGGCUUCUCUGGGUGGUGAAGUAACUCUGGAAGGCAAAGGGGAGGCAAUUCCGGAGGACAAAGGGGAGAUAACUCUGGAAGGCAGUAGAAAGGCUUCGAUUGACCGAGGAACAGAUCGAGAAGGGGGAUUCAAAGAUAUUGAGAGUUCCGAGCUUCACAGACAAUUGACAUUAGUGGAUCCUGCAACUGCCAAAAAAAUUCAUCCACAUAAUCGCAGGAAAAUUAUCAGAGCGCUGGAAGUGUACGGCCAACAUGGAGUUCCGCUGAGCGACAUCCUGAAGUCCCAGCAUGCAUCAGCAGGAGGUGCGGCGGCUAUCAGCGGACCAGCGAGAUAUGAAAAGACUUGCAUCUUCUGGAUACAGUGUGAUCAGAGAGUGCUGGACGCCCGCCUGGACACCCGUGUGGACGCCAUGAUGGAGCAGGGUCUACUUCAGGAACUCCACGACUUCCACAGCGAGUACAGACACAAUAUGCAGGGGCACUGUGAUUACACUCUGGGAAUGUUUCAAAGCAUUGGCUUCAAGGAAUUUCACAACUACCUGUUGCUCCCUGAGGAUGAGCGAGACACGGUCAAAGGGAGACAACUCAGGGAUGAAGGCCUGGAGCUGCUAAAGUUGGCUACGCGGCAGUACGCUAAACGGCAGGUCAAGUGGAUACGAAACAGGUUCUUAAAACGCCCGGGGCCCGGUGUGCUGCCAGUGUACGGCGUGGACUCCACGGAUGUCAGUCUCUGGGCGGACAAGGUCUUAAAGCCGGCCUGUGACAUACUUACAGCAAUACAAGAGGAUGAGAGUCCAGGUGUCCCCCCUCUGGAGUCGGGAGGGGCUGUGACGGAGCAUGUCUACAACGUGUGCGACGUGUGUGCAGGGCGUGUGUUCACAACCUUGCUGGAGUGGGAAGCUCACACAAGCAGUCGGAAGCACAAGCGGGCACUCAGUAAACAGCGGAAACAGAUGCGGAGAGCUGCCAUGCUUAACAGUGACAAAGCCUCUGAAUCAACAGAAUGAGGCGAGGGAUAUAACCUGAUGAUACCAGGAGUGAAAGAGGACAUCUGCCCCCUGUGUCAGCGAGCGUGUCAUAGACCCCCCAGUCAGCUGAGAGUGACAGCGUGACAGCUCAGUCAGGUGACCGAUCAGCAAGUGUAGUUCUGGGAGUGGCCCCUAUGGGGGUAGGGGAGGGGUCCUGUAGAGGUGGUUGAGGGGUCCCUCAGAAGAGGGCUUGGAGGAGGGGUCUUGUAGAGGUGGAGAAAUCUUCUAGAGGGAGGGAGUGGUUGAGGGGUCCCUAGGGAGAGGGCUUGUAGGACGGGUCCUGUAGAGGUGGUUAUGAGGUCCCUCAGAAGGGGGCUUGUAGGAGGGGUCCUGUAGAGGUGGCAAGGGCUUCUUUGGAGGGGCCUUGGAGGAGGGGUCCUGUAGAGGUGGCGAGGGUUUCUUGGGAGGGGUCCUGUAGAGGUGGCGAGGGCUUCUUGGGAGGGGGCUUGGAGGAGGGGGCCUGUAAAGGUGGCGAAGUCUUCUUGGGAGAGUGGGAAGGUG